AUGGCAUCUAUAAGUCAAGAGCAACUAAAGGUUAUUGAGCAAACCCGCCAGCGCCUUGUUAACCUUACGCAGUCACUCGGCUCGCUGGUCAAUAACAUCACCCAGAGCCAGCCACUCCCAGCUUGGUCGUCACUUCAGUCCCAGGCUACAAUAAUAUCGAAUAACCUGCUCACCAUCUCCCACCUCCUCCAUGAACACCGUGAUCUCCUGUCCUCCCUCGUCGUGUAUCCUACCCCCGCGUUUCCCGGCAAGACAGAAUCUGCUAUACUGAACCAGCUUAUGCGAACCAAACUCGAGCCUCGCGUGGAAGACUGGCUAGCAUAUGGUCGAUCGGUGGGAAGAGAAGCUCUCGAACAACCAGGCGGUGACCAACAAAAUCUUACAGUGACGGGCAAUACUUCUACUUCUGAAACUGACAAUAUAAUACACCGGCUAUCCAGGGAAGACUUACAGGCCUUGUGGGAGUGGGCUCCCAUUGAAGCUAACAUGGAAGCUAGAAGGAGGAAUUGGGGAGGUGAUUAUACAAUAGAAGAAAAAGAAGCUGGGAUAAGCAAUGUGAUCACAGGUUUGACCAGGAAAUUAAACGAGAACGUGGAGGGAGCGGCUGGACGAGACUUCGAGGAGUCUGAAGACGAGGACGAGACAAUGGAAACUGGGGAUGAGACGAAGCCUGGCGCUGCUCGUCACUCUAGGGACCACCAUACCAUACCGCUUGAUGAUUUUUUCCGGUACAUGAUGACUGGCGCGGAACCCCAACCACGAUGA